UGCUCUCCCACUGAGCUAAAUCCCCCAACCCCCAGUUAGCAUUUCUAAAACUCAUGGACAAAAUAACAACAAAGCAAGGAGAAGACAUUACUUAACCCCCAAACUUAAUCACCGAUUUCCAUGCAGAAGGGAGUGUUUUAAGGGUUGUCUAAGUGGACUUACAGUCGAUCCUAGCAAAAAUCGCUAGAAACCUCUCUGUGCGAAAGACACACCACCAACCAGGAGUCCCGUGGAGCUUUGGUAUUGACAAAUCUCCUAGGACUUUGGAAGGCUGAAUGGACUAAACAUGAAGAGCCUGAAAGCGAAGUUUAGGAAGAGCGACACGAACGAGUGGAACAAGAAUGAUGACCGCCUGCUGCAGGCUGUGGAGAAUGGAGAUGCUGAGAAGGUGGCCUCACUGCUGGGCAAGAAAGGGGCCAGUGCCACCAAGCAUGACAGCGAGGGCAAGACCGCUUUCCACCUUGCUGCUGCAAAAGGACACGUGGAAUGCCUCAAGGUCAUGGUUACACACGGUGUGGAUGUGACUGCCCAAGACUCUUCCGGUCACAGUGCUUUACAUAUCGCAGCCAAGAAUGGCCACCCAGAGUACAUCAAGAAGCUUCUUCAGUACAAGAGCCCAGCCGAAAGUGUUGACAACUUGGGGAAAACAGCUUUGCAUUAUGCAGCGGCACAGGGGAGCCUUCAAGCUGUACAAGUCCUCUGCGAACACAAGAGCCCCAUAAACCUCAAAGACUUGGAUGGGAACAUACCCCUGCUCGUCGCAAUACAAAAUGGCCACAGUGAGGCCUGCCACUUUCUCCUGGACCAUGGCGCAGAUGUCAAUUCCAGGGACAAAAAUGGAAGAACUGCUCUCAUGCUGGCGUGCGAAACUGGCAGUGCUAACACUGUGGAAGCCUUAAUUAAAAAGGGGGCAGACCUGAACCUUGUAGAUUCUCUUGGACACAAUGCCUUAUAUUAUUCCAAACUCUCAGAAAAUGCAGGAAUUCAGAGCCUUCUAUUAUCAAAAAUCUCUCAGGAUGCUGAUUUAAAGACCCCAACAAAAGCAAAGCAGCAUGACCAAGUCUCUAAAAUAAGCUCAGAAAGAAGUGGAACUCCAAAAAAACGCAAAGCUCCACCACCUCCUAUCAGUCCUACCCAGUUGAGUGAUGUGUCUUCCCCACGAUCAAUAACUUCUACACCACUUUCAGGAAAGGAAUCAGUAUUUUUUGCUGAAGCACCCUUUAAGGCUGAGAUCAGCUCCAUACAAGAAAACAAAGACAGGCUGAGCGACAGUACUGCAGGUGCUGACAGCUUAUUAGAUGUAAGUUCUGAAGCUGACCAACAAGAUCUUCUUGUCCUAUUGCAAGCAAAAGUCGCUUCCCUUACCUUACACAAUAAGGAGUUACAAGAUAAAUUGCAGGCCAAAUCACCCAAGGAAACUGAAGCCGACCUAAGCUUUCAGUCUUUCCAUUCCACCCAGACUGACCUAGCCCCAUCCCCGAGCAAAUCUAGUGACAUCCCUUCCUCCGAUGCCAAAUCAUCCCCGCCUGUUGAACAUCCGGCGGGGACAUCCACCGCUGACAGGGAUGUCAUAAUCCAGCAGCUACAAGAUACCUUGCAUGAUUUGCAGAAGAGAUUGGAGACCUCUGAAGCAGAGAAGAAACAGCUCCAGGACGAACUCCAGUCACAAAGGACAGACACGACAUGCUUGAACAACACAGAGAUUUCCGAAAAUGGCUCCGACCUCAGUCAGAAACUCAAAGACACUCAGAGCAAGUACGAAGAGGCCAUGAAAGAAGUCCUGAGCGUGCAGAAGCAGAUGAAGCUGGGUCUCCUCUCCCACGAGAGUGCCGAUGGCGACUCGCGUCUCCGAGAGGUGAGGGUCACUGAUGAAGACGUUGACGCACUAAAGCAAGACCUGCAGAGAGCACUGGAAGAGAGUAAAAGGGACAAGGCACGGGUGCAGGAGUUAGAGACAAAGCUCGUGGAGAAAGAAAAGGCUGAAGCGACUAAGCCGUCCUCAGAGGUGUGCGAGGAGAUGAGAAACUCCUACUGCUCUGUCAUCGAGAAUAUGAAUAAGGAGAAGGCAUUUUUGUUUGAGAAAUACCAGCAGGCCCAAGAAGAAAUCAUGAAACUAAAGGACACACUAAAAAGUCAGAUGCCACAGGAAGCCCCCGAUGACUCUGGGGACAUGAAAGAGACCAUGAACAGGAUGGUUGACGAGCUCAAUAAGCAGGUGAGCGAGCUGUCACAGCUCUACAGAGAAGCCCAGGCAGAGCUGGAGGAUUACAGGAAGAGGAAGUCUCUAGAAGACGCAACCGAAUACAUUCACAGAGCGGAACACGAGAGGCUGAUGCACCUGUCAAACCUGUCCAGGACCAAAGCGGAAGAAUCGCUGUCCGACAUGAGGUCUCAAUAUUCCAAGGUGCUGAACGAGUUGACUCAGCUCAAGCAGCUGGUGGAUGCGCACAAAGAGAACUCCGUGUCCAUCACAGAGCAUCUGGAAGUAAUAACCACGCUGCGGACGAUGGCCAAAGAGAUGGAAGAGAAAACAGUCACCCUCCAAGAGCACCUCGCAAGCAAGGAAGGGGAAGUCGCAAAGCUGGAGAAGCAGCUCGCAGAGGAGAAAGCCGCCAUGAGCGACGCAAUGGUCCCCAAGGCUUCCUACGAGAAGCUCCAGGCCUCCCUGGAGAGCGAAGUCAACGCGUUGGCAGCAAAGUUAAAGGAGUCGGUGAAAGAGAAAGAGAAAGCCCAUUCUGAGGUCGCCCAGGUUCGAAGUGAGGUCUCGCAGGCGAAAAGGGAAAAGGAAAACAUCCAGACUCUCUUGAAAUCCAAAGAGCAGGAAGUAACUGAACUUGUGCAGAAAUUCCAGCGAGCUCAGGAAGAACUGGCCGGGUUGAAAAGAUGCUCUGAGACCUCGUCGAAGCUGGAGGAGGACAAAGACGAAAAGAUAAAUGAAAUGACCAAGGAGGUCCUGAAGCUGAAGGAGGCCCUGAACAGCCUCUCGCAGCUCUCAUACUCCACAAGCUCGUCCAAGAGGCAGACCCAGCAACUGGAAAUGCUACAGCAGCAGGUCAAGCAGCUGCAGAACCAGCUGGCUGAAUGUAAGAAACAACACCAGGAGGUCGUAUCCGUUUACAGAAUGCAUCUUCUAUAUGCUGUACAGGGCCAAAUGGAUGAAGAUGUCCAGAAAGUCUUGAAGCAGAUCCUCACCAUGUGUAAAAACCAGUCUCAGAAGAAGUAAAACAGAUUCAUUGGCAAGGCACUGCCCCUUGUUGCCUCUCUUUCUGUUAAAUCUGGAGUUGUCACUGACCACUGCCGUUCUUAUCCAUGGUGUGCACUGUGACCUAGCAUAGCUUCUUUUCCAGAAGAUGCCCUCUUCAGAACUGCAUAGGUACUCCAGACCAGCAGGGGUGAAAGGCCCUGCUCUUUCUUCAGAAUCUAGAACUGGGAUCAGCCACACCCAAAAGUCUGGUCUACCUUCUUUGGUACCUGACCAUAGGAGAGGCUUCACUGAUCUGCUGAGGCCUUGGUGCAGUGAGUGGUCCUUGAUCCCUGCCUUUGGACUGUGCCAUUCAGCACAGGAGAGCAUUUUGCCUUCCAUUUCCUAAACAUGGUUUAAUUCCUAACCAAACUAAAAUGACACUACAAGUGAGUGCUUAAGACCCUUUAUCCUGUGGAUUUAAAAACUCUACUCUGUCCCCCCAGCUGCCUUAAAUCUCACCACCCUGCUUAUAGUCUCACAGUUUGGUGAGUGCCGUUAACUAAAACACAAAGUUUUAAGUCCAGAGUGAACUCUCCCUUAACAGUUUUUAAGUAAAUCAACACAUUGUAGAUUUUCUAUGCAAACUUGCCUAGAAAACUUUCCACAAUGCUCAGGAAGCCCAGAUAUUUUUAUUUCAACAGAGGACAGUAAACUGUGUGUUUACAGCCAAAAGACAUGCCUCACGGUUCUUAACCUCGAUUUUUAAAAAGUGUUUUGUUUCCUCUAUGAUAUUUUUAUUGGCUUUUAAAGAUGUUUUCAUAGCUAAAGCCCUAAGUGAGAUUAGAUGAUAUUAACAUUAUUUUUAGAUGAACAUACUUAAGACUUCUUAAAAAUGUAACUUUUUCCUCAAAAGUCUUCAGCCAUAGAUCGCACAGGGUAGUUAAAUAUUCCACUCAGUGUGAGCUGCUCAGUACCCCUCGGACUUUCUGUAGUCUAUUUCUGAGUGUAGUAAAUCCUCCUCUUGCCCGUUGAAUUUGUAAACGCCCCAAACUCUCGCCCAUGAGUCGUUCCUGAAAGGACUGUCAGUUCCAGUCAGCUUCUCCAUGUUGAAAGUAAGAGCCUCAACAUGCCAGCAUGGUGCAUAGCAAAGCCUGGGGGAAUUAGGCCUGUUGACUUUCCUUUCAGGUUACAAAGGUUUGACCUACUUGCAGCUUCUCUUUAUGGCCCCGAUGAUGAAAUAAAGAACUUCUGGUGUGUUACUAAAAGUAGAGUCCACUCUGACAGGGCCCAUCGACUGCAGGGCUGCCUCGGCUCUGAGGCCACUUGGCUGACUUGGGUGUGUUCAUCUGUCUUAGGUGAUGGUCAAUACCAGCAGGACUAAAGUGGCAAUACUUUUCAUAAGUUGCCCGAUCACGGUUAAGCAUUUCUCAAAAUGCCCCCAAAGAAAUGUGAAAGGAUUUGCCACGCACGGAACCUAAGAAAUGACCAAGCCACCUCCCCUUGUGCCUCCACACGGAAAUGCUGCAGUGUGUAAACUUGAGACAUUUUGUAGGAUGCCUGACGAAGUGUAGCCUUUCUUCUUGUGUCAGGAUGCAUAUUUAUUACAAGUAUUCUGGUUAAAUAUUGAGAAGUUAUAUGCUGUAGUUUAGCUUUUUUUUGUCUUUGUAAUAAUUUACAGAAAUUAUUGCGGGAAAUAAACAUGGUUCAUUUUGCA